ACACAUCAGUUACAGUACUAAGCAGUUUGACUACGAGUUCACCGGUUGUGUUCCGCAUCAGGAAAACUCCAGCUUAAUAUUCAACACAUCCCCCUGCCUAACCGGCGGGUACAAUUACGUCACUGAUCUCUGUGAAUACCACAUAUUCAGUUGUCCUUCCUCCUCAGAAUAUCCAUAUGACCCAUAUCGAUAUUCCCCAUAUCAAUAUUCCCCAAUCUAUGGAUGCGUUAGCAGCCCAAAGACGUAUACCUUGGUGCUGGAUUCCUAUGAUUUGAUCUGCGGACUGUUGAUGAAUUGCACAAAGACUACUACCUUUCAAUCAGCACGUGGCACGUGGCCAUUAUCCCCAAAUUCUCAAGGCUACGCAUACUGGUCCAGACCAAACUGUGGGGAAUGUGAACAAACAGGCAAGUAUUGCAGAUUCAGUACUAGUAACAAUAACAGCAAGCAGCAUGAAACCGAAUGCUUUGGCAUCCCUAACCAACCAACAGGUGAAACGAAAAUCCCACUUGACGUUUUAGCUCUGAUCCUCCCACCUGGCCUUUUGGUUCUUGUUGAACUUGUCAUAGCUGCAUACUUUGUCCACAGAUCAAUCAUUUUAAAGAAAGAGUAUCUAACGGUUGAAAGAUUUUUAGAGAAUUACAGAGCUCUCAAGCCUACAAGGUACACAUAUGCUGAGAUAAAGAAAAUUACUCAUAAUUUGAAGGACAAACUAGGCCAAGGAGGUUAUGGAACAGUUUACAAGGGAGAGCUUUCCAAUGAUGUUCCUAUCGCUGCCAAGAUCCUCAACAACUUCACAGGAAAUGGCGAAGACUUCAUCAACGAAGUAGGAACAAUAGGUAUGAUCCACCACAUCAAUGUUGUCCACUUGGUCGGAUAUUGUGCUGAUGGGUAUAAAAAAGCUCUUGUUUACGAGUACUUGCCACAUGAUCUAGAGAAAUUCAUUGCAUCUGAUCAUAAAAAAGCUUCACUUGGUUGGGAGAAACUCCAAGAUAUUGCUCUAGGCAUAGCCAAAGGAAUUGAAUAUCUUCACCAAGGAUGUGAUCAAAGAAUCGUUCAUUUCGAUAUUAAGCCUCAUAACAUCUUGUUAGACAAAAUUUUCAUUCCAAAAAUCUCUGAUUUUGGGCUAGCCAAGUUGUGCUCGAAAGAACAAAGUGUUGUAUCAAUGACAACUGCUAGGGGAAUGGUGGGUUAUAUUGCGCCAGAGGUGUUCUCGAGGAACUUCGGCAAUGUGUUACACAAGUCAGAUGUCUAUAGUUUUGGAAUGUUGUUGCUUGAAAUGGUUGGAGGGAGGAAGAAGAAUUUUGAUGUUCAUGCGGAAGAAAAUAGUGAGGAAGUUUACUUUCCUGAAUGGAUAUAUAAUCAUUUAAAUUGCGAAGAAGUAAAUAACAAUGAAGUUGAGAAAGGCGGAGAUGCCAAGAUUGUUAAGAAGCUAACAGUUGUAGGACUUUGGUGUAUCCAAUGAUACCCAGGAGACCGGCCCUCAAUAAAAGCUGUGGUUCAAAUGCUUGAGGGAGAUGGAGAGACUUUGGCCAUGCCCCCGAAUCCCUUUUCUACCACAAGUCGAUCAAUCACAAGGGGAAACAUGGGCGGAAGGCAUUUUAGUAGCAUGUUAGAGAUCAUUUCUGAAUCCGAUUGAGAGUGUGUUGCUCAAUUGGAUGGAGUUAUUACGAAAUGCUAAGAGUACCAAUGGGUUGGGUACUGAGACGAGCAUGCGGGGC